AUGUCGAAAGGCUCCAAGAGCAAAGACAAGUCGAAACGAGCAGAGUCCAAGUCCGCCUCUUCCGAGUCGACAAAGCGUCGCAAAUCCGCGUCUUCGUCCUCAUCCUCGUCCUCCUUCUCCAACACUGCCUCUGUCUCAGACGUUGCCAUCAGAGUACCCGACAGCGAUGCUGGUUCAGGUACCGUUGGUGAGGCGGUCUCGUCACGUACCGUAACCUCGGCAUUUUGUACGCUGUAUCCGAUCCUUAAUCUGCCCAUUGCGCCUGUAUGGUCUUCCGAUCCCUACUCUGCAUUCUCGGAUCUCAUGGACACGCUCGUCAUGCGCUACGUACCGCAGCUUUCGGGUGUGCUGAUCACGCAUUCUCCGACGCGCUUCUUGCAGGAUACGGCGGUGUUUUCGGCUGAUUCGGCGUUCGCUACUGCUUCGGUUGGAUUCGAAUGCGUCGUAUGGACGCCUCGGAUCGGUCAGAUGCUGGAGGGUAACAUCUGUCUAUCAAGCCCUUCGCACGUGAGCUUGCUGUUGUAUGGACUGUUCAAUGCGUCCAUUCCUGCUUCUCACCUACCGGAGGAGUUCGAAUUCGUUCUCAACGACGCUGAAGCGACCGAUCACGGGAUGGGUUAUUGGAGGAGCAAGGUGGAUGGAAGCAAGUUGGGUGCAAGUGACGGAAAGCUGAGCUUUACAGUGAUCAGUUUGACCGUGGCGAAUCACAUGCUCUCUCUGCACGGGUCGUUGCUCGAUGAACCGUUCAAAGGUCCACCUCCUACACUCGACCGAUCCUACCUCAAGAAAAGCCUGCUACCUUGGCAAGCACUUGGUUUGGGCCGUACACGUUCCGCAACUGACGCAACAGCACAGCCAGCUACGCCAACGCCGCCUCCAAGAAGAGUUCGUUGGCAGGACGAAGACGAUACUUCCGCCGUCGAGAGCGAUGACUUGUCCAAAUUCGACACGCCUCCUUCCAUCGUCCAAGCCAAAUCACCCAAGUCUUGCGGAACUAAACGCAAAUCCACCUCGGCCGUCACACAUGCACAACAAGACGAACCAUCAUCCACUUCUCCACCAAAGCGCGACAAAAAGCGCCGAAAGCAAGCCUAA